AUAAAUUUACUGAAGUAUGGCCUUAAACUUCCACAGAAUUGUGUGAACAUUUGAACAUGACACAGUUCACCAAACAAACAGUAGGUGGCAGUGAAGGGAAAGAAAAAAAUUAUUCACGUGAAAGUCGUUGAAGAGUUGACGUGAUGACGUUUUCAGUAUAUAACCAAUAGCAGCGAAACUACUCAUGUUUUAAAUGCAGAACGGGCGGUUGAGGUUUCGUUGUCGUUUGCUUGUUGGCGAUUGUUUACUUCAUUGAAAUAACUGACAAGCUACAUUUUUCUUUGCGACACUUGUUGCGGUAGCUAGCCAGCUGCGCAACGAAUCAAAAUGUCAACGAGGAGAGCCCAAGUAUUUGUAGAGAACCUGCCUACAAGAUCUGGAGAACGCACCCCCUUGAGGAAUGUCCAGAAUGAAAUAAUGCAUUGCUCGACCCCAUCUUCUAGACGCAAGUCAAGAUCAAUGUCAGGCAGCAAUGCUCUCAAAACACAAAAGAAUGACACUGCCUUCAUCUACCCGGACCAAUUGCCACAUUGCACUCAACCAGCCGUGGCUGUGGGCAAGUCCAGUGCUUCAAAACGCAGUGAUAAAGCUCUCCCCGUUCAGGGCGAAGCUGUCCAUACAGGAAGUGCACUUGGAGACAUCACCAUCAAGUCCUUCAUAUGUGCAGGGGGUGAGGUAGAGCUUUCAGACCCCUCCAGGGUUAUAGACGAGACUAUUGUCCUACCCAAGGAUCAACCUGACAUUUUUCCACCCGGCUACAACAAUGAAAACACCUGUCUGACAGACAGUAUGUCAACCCAGGGCUGUGAUGACCAUGUGGACCACGCCUAUUGUGAUUUAAAAAAUAUUUUGGCUCCAGCUGAAGAUGGCUUAUCCUUCAGUGGGGCUUUAAACGCUGGUGUCGGCAGUGUUCCCCAGUCUACACACUCAGCCCGCGUAACGGAGGAGUCAGCCGAAGUCAAUAGUGCCGACAGUCAACAGGGAGACGCGACGUUUAAAUCUUCGUUCUGCAUCGAAGUGGAGGUUUCUGAGGCUUCGCGGGUGGAUCAUGGGACCAACCUUCUUCCAGUGGCUCGGUCUCUGAACAACCAUUUGCUGUGCCACAACCGGGAAUAUCUGAGUGUUAUAGGAGAUGACCUGGGCGUGGAGUCUAGCAAUAACCACGCAGACCUCCCCUGUUUUAACAAGGCAAAUGACAUGGCCUCAGCUAGUGGAAAUCUCCCUUCCUUCAGUGGACCUUCUGGUUUUGGCCUCCAGUGUGGAGCUCUGAAAACCGGAGACGUGGUCCGUGCCAACCAAAUGUCAGUGGGCGCUCAAACUGCCUCUGGUGAGCUAGAUGUGACAUAUAAAUCCUUUAUCUGCACUGGGCUAGAGGUUGAAGUCUCGGAAUCUACACGUGUGUCUGAAAAGGUUUUGCUCCUGCCUGAUCAGUCGGUAGCCAGCUAUAUCCCAUGUGAUGACACUGUCGACCUGAGUGUCACAGAGGACCGGCGCCUGGGUCACGCAGAGCACCCGUAUUGUAACGUGGAAUGUAAAGGCACCGGUUCAGAUGUGGACCCCACUGGUGUAAGUGAGCACUUAGUGGGAAAUGCAUCUAUACAGUCAAUGAAAGGCCUGGAUGAAGUGGCCUGUCGGCUCUUUCAGUUAAGCCCCAAGCAGGCCUCUCCUCUCAAGGCUGAAGACCGUGUCGUGGCUCCGUCUAUCCAGUCGGAGUCUGACAGUGCCAACUGCAACGACUCUGGGGCUUUGGCCAGGAGCUCCUCGCCCGUGGAUGACGACGACCCAGUGAUUAACUCCGACCCGCGUUCUCCCGACUCCGUGCGGGAGAUGAUUAGUGGUAGGGACAGCGCCCUGGGUUCAAGCAGUAAUGCCUGCGCUCCCGCCGUCGCUGGAGGCCAGGCUGACCCCAAGAACCAUUCCGACGUCCUGACCGAGCUCCCGGAAUUCCCCGGGUGUGCCGCCGGCGCUUUACAGCGCAUGCUCUCCAGCCCCGUCCUAAGAGCGACACCGUUGACCAGGAGAGGGGUCGUCCAUAAGCCACCUUCAGUUCAAAUGGAGGAUUCCGCUCUGGACGCCGGCUUACUCCUGGCAAACCCUGACAGCCGAGUCUGGUGGGGCGCCCUGGAUAGCCCCAUGCCUCUGCCCCAGUUCAACUCCACAACCCUGGGAGCUGCGUCAUGCGGCAAGCCCCGCCCUCCUCCAGCCCCCGUCAGGGAGACUGUGGGGGCGGGGCUAGAGGUGGAUCUCCCUCCGGCGCAACCCCCAACCCAGGGGGAGGAAAGACCGGUGGGUUUUCCGGAUCUGUUGCAGGGGUUCCCUGAGGGCCCCUUACAGCAGCAACUUCGCCACAUGGCCCAGCUCCUCAUCCUGGCGUCGGGCAAGAUGGACACGGCCGGCAACCCCGCCCCAAAGCCUGGCCCCGACCCGGCUGUUGUCGGGACGGCGGUGGGCUCCUCGGUGUGCCACAGCGUGUGUGUCGGCACCACCCCGGUGAGGCUGGCGGACCACAGCGCCAACACCUCGGGUCUGUUUGAGAGGAAGAGGGUGUUCUCUGUGUCCGACGCCUGCACCAGCACCGACUCGUUGCUCUGGAACCUGGCCCCUGGGAGCCUGACUAGUGUCUCCAAGCAGGAGCUUGAGCAGAGGCUGACCUCCACCCUUAUAAUGUUGGAGGUCCUGGUACAGCAGCUGGCCGCGGCCAGGGGACGUGAUGGCGCGGCUCUGCCCGGACCCUCGGAACUUCGGGACAGGCUGGUACAGACUGACCACACUGAACUCACCCAGACGUUGACCUACAAAGACCUGUAUGUGACGGCCCUGGAGAGGGUCGCAGAGCUGGAACUGGACCAGAACGCUCUGCAGAACCUGCUCGGUCACAUGCAGCACUCCCGGACCACCGUGACCGCCCUCGCUGGAGACACCGCAGCGGCUCUCAGCAGCCUGGGGCAGAUUGGGGACCUGGUGAGAGAGGACCAGCGCCUCCUGGCUACACAGUAUGGUCAGAUGAAGUCCCUGUAUGAUAAGUGCGUGGAGACCCUGGGCAGGAUGGCCCAGAAGGUCCGAGCAGCCCUGCAGCAGAGGGAAGACAUGAGGGAACUGACAGAAGAGGCGCUCCGCGAUAAACAUGCAGCUUUCAGGGUGGCCGACCAGCUGAGGGCCCACUCGGCCCUGACAAUCUCGGAACUGGAGGAGAGUGUGGGCUCUCACCAGGAGCUGAAGAAAGCCUUGGCCAAGACCUACCCAGAACAGGUUCAAUUGAACAAGGCCUACGUGGAGUCCCUGAACUCUGCGUCUGAGCUCUUACGGGGAACCAUGAACAAUCAUGCCAGUCUGAAGGACAAGCUGAAAACAGCCAGGUGUCUCCUCCAGAGGACCACUCCCCUGCUGGAGAGGCUGAAUGAGAAGGCAGGCAGCGCCGUAGCGGAGAGAGACCAGGCGUUGGCUGACAGGGACCAGACCCAAGAGGAACUGGCCCAAGUCAACUUACACCUGCAAGAUGCCAGACAGGAGAUCGGAGACUUGAAGCUGCAGGCCACCAUCAUGACAUCUGAGCUGGGUGUUCUGCGCCAGAAGCUCAGUGAGGGAGAGGAAGUGCAGGCUGACCUGGAGAUGAAGGUCACAGAGCUUUCUGCCACGGUGUCUUCUACCUUGGCCUCUUACGCCUUCCUAGAGAAAGCCCUGGCUGCCGAGUCCACAAAGUUGCAGCAGUCAUGGAAUGAAGUCAAACAGGCAACAGACAGAGUCAACGAGUUGGAGGGUUUGCUGGGUCAGUCUGAGCUGCGUGUGUCUGAGCUGACCUGGGCUCUGACCCAGAGUGAGGAGCAGCUGGGUCAUCUUCAGAACCUCACACAGAGCCAGAGCCAAAAGCUGGAGGAGCUCCGGGAUGUGCGCUCACAACUCGACAGCGUAAAGGAGAUGAACGAGUUCAUUCGGAUAGAGAGUGACAUGGCCAGGGAGCAGGUGUUGGAGAGUGAGGCGACUCUCUGGGCCAACCUACAGGGGCUCAGGGAGAGGAACAUCCAGUGUGAAGACCUUCGAUCAGCCCUCAGCCAACUCCAGGCUGAGAAGGAGGCGUUGCAGGUUGAACUGGAGGACAGUAGAUUCAAAGCCCGGUCAGUGGAGUUGGACCUGGGAGAGCAGGUGGCCCAGGCUGUUACGGAGGUCACCCUUCUGCACCACACGCUGAGAACACUGACCAACGAGGUCCACGCCGCUCUGACCACCAAGGAGACGGCGCCCCUGCCCUCCCUCCACUUUGGCAGGAACCCCUCCACCUCCUUUGUGGACAAAGUCAUGGUGGCCAUCGCCGCUGACCAGACGCAGGCCAGCGAAGCGCAGCCCCCCUCGGACACGACUCAGGAACCUUCGGCUAAGGUCCUGGGCAGCGGAAGCAGUGCCUUCGCCCCAGUCACCCCCAGGAAGUGCCAGGUGGAGUGUCCAGAGGAGGAGCAGAGUUCUGUGGUGGAGCUACUGGCCGAUCUGGCUAACACCGUCUCUGAGCUCCACUCUGCAGUCACGCGGCUACGACAGGGCAGGGACGCCGAGCGAGAGGCUUCGAACGACACCAUCUGUGGCCUGCAGGAGGAGCAGCGGAGCCAGGCUGAGCAACACUGGGCAGAGGUGUCGGAGCUCAGGACACAGCUGAGCUGUCUUCAAACCCAGCUGGAAAGAGACCAGCUGGCUCUGCAGAACAAGACCCAAGAAGUUGAAACCAUGAAGAGGUUAUGCAGUAAGGUGACCGAGGACAGGGAGUUUCUUCUUAACCACAAAUCUGAGAACAGUGAGCUGCGUAGGGAGGUGGCAGAACUGCGGCGCCUUUUGCACCAAUCACAAAUUGAGUCCCAGGCCCUGAGGGAGGAGCUAAGAAACUCGGGCAGCCAAUCAGCACAUAGCAUGCAUUCUAUGGAUGACAAGAUCCGCCUACUGAAAGAGGUGGAAAGACUGAAGAGGACUCUGUUGGAAGCUGAGGAAGGAAGGGCUAAGAUUCUGGACAGAGCCAAGAGACAUCAUGUAAUUCAUGAAACCAACCAGCGGAAAGUAGAGAGAGAACUUAAAGUCCUUGACGAUAUGAUCGAGACCGUGAGAAAGACUUUGUCUUCUGUCCCUGAUGUUGUCAAGAAUUGCAAGGAACUCAAGACUCUAGAGGAAUAUCUUGGCUGAAGUCCUUCCACACUGUUCGGUUUUAUUAAAUGUUUGUUUUUUUUGUUUUUGUUUUGUACAAAUAAAAUAAUCAUUUUACAAAGAAGUGCACGUCAGUAACAUUCCUAAUUGCAAACUUGAUGACUGCUUUCCAUUGUCCUAAAAUCAAAAGUUUUGGGAUUUUGGCAAUAUAUAUUCUAUUUAAUAACUGGUUUCCAUGACUAGUGCCUUAAAAUUGGCUUCUGGUGUGACAUUACAAUUUCUACUAAAAUAAAGAUUGAAUAAUUACCAAACACAAUUGUGUGUUGACUACAGGAUUCA